AUGCCAGAAUCACCACGUUGGUUAAUGUCAAAAGGUAGAACUAAUGAAGCAAGAAUUGUAUUUUCUGCAAUUUAUAAUCUUCCAGAAAAUGAUCCUAAAGUAACUGAUCAAAUGGUGGAAAUUCUGAAUGCAAUUGAAUUGGAAGCUAAAGCUAAUGUUGGAUUUAGUAUUGGUGAAUUAGUUAAACAAGGACCAACUAGAAAUUUCCAUCGUUUAUGUCUUGCUUGUUGGAUUCAGAUAUUUCAACAAAUAACCGGUAUCAAUUUGAUUACUUACUAUGCCGGCACGAUUUUUGAAAAAUAUAUUCAUUUAAGUCCAUUUAAUUCAAGAAUUUUGGCUGCUUGUAAUGGAACUGAAUAUUUUUUGGCUUCUUUGCUUGGUAUUGCAUUUAUUGAAAAAGUUGGAAGAAGGAAAUUGUUAUUUUGGGGUGCUGUUGGUCAAGCAUUAAGUAUGAUGGCAUUAACUAUUGCUACGUGGCAAGCAGAUAAACAAAGAGAAGAAAAUGGAGGUGGAACUCAAGCUGGUAUUGCUGCCACUGUAUUUUUAUUUGUUUUCAAUAGUGUUUUUGCUGUUAGUCAUUUAGGUGGUGCUUGGUUAUAUCCACCAGAAAUUUCUUCAUUGCUGUUGCGUGCUCAGACUAAUGCUUUAUCAACUAGUUGUAACUGGAUAUUCAAUUUCCUCGUUGUUAUGAUCACUCCAAUUGCAUUCCAAAAUAUUAGUUACUAUACCUACACUAUUUUUGCAUGUAUUAACAUAUUAAUUGCCCCUAUGAUUUACAUCUUUUAUCCAGAAACAUCUGGUAGGACUUUGGAAGAAAUGGAUGCUAUUUUCAACGCUACACCAGUUUGGAGACCUUGGGAAGUUGUUAGAAUUGAAAAGAAUAUGCCAAGAAGAGACGAUAAUAAUGUUGAAGAUUUGGAAAAACCAUAUACAGACCAUUUAGAUUAUGUAGAAUCAUCAUAA